CUUGCUGAGGAAAACUUUUCUGACUUCCCUAAGUCUGCUGAUACCUGUUUAUACAAUUCCUGUAGCAUGCUGAACUCUUCCAUCAGAGCACUUACUUGUAUCCUUAUAUUUGUGUGCUUAUUUGAUUAAUGCCUGUCUCCGCUACUAAACUAUAAGCUCCAUGGGGCCAGGGCCAUGACUCUGUUCAUUAUAGUAUCCUGCAUACCUGGAAUAGUACCUGACUCAAUAAAUAUUUGUGGAAUGAAUGAAUGGAUGGAUGGAUGAAUGAAUACAAUACUCUCCAGAGCCUACAGGAGAAAUCUGAAAUGGCUUCUUCCAGUCACUGUUUUCCUGGUGGUCUUUGGCUUGGUUCUCUUUCUUAUCUUCUUCCUUCCCUCAGAAUGCAGCCAUUCCAUUGGAGAGACAGGGAAGAUGGUGAUGCUAAGGCAGAAUAUGGCUGUCUUUACUUUGUGGGUUAUGUGUGUCACAAAAAUAGUCCCUGUCAUGGUUUUGUGGGUCCCAAGGCAUGGGCCAUGGCUCCAGAUCUCCUUUCCAACCUUUUGAUCUUGGUGAGUCUGAACCCACUACUAUAUUGCCAAGGCCCUGGGAAACUGCAGUAACAGAAUGAUUCACAAGUGUCAGCACCGGAUACACAGGGCUGCCAGCUGACCCUCUGCCUAUUUCCUUCUGACCCAUAACUGGUUGCUCAUGAACCUCUUUUUAGAUACACAGGUUAAGACUUGCUGAAACAGACAUACACUGGACCCACCAAGUCCUUCCCUGAGUGCCUAAGGCUUCCUAACUUAGCAGUGAGGGAGCCUCAUUCAUUGAAGAGGCAGCUAUUAGCAGUAUACAGAAUUGGAAGACUGAUUCUGAGGUGCCUGUGGGAGGUGGGGAUCUGGGAAUAGUGGCAUUGAGCCAACACCCCGCCUGCACCAUGGAGCCUCGGGAUUUUCUGCUAACUUGGACUUGCUGGAGUUGCUGGCUUGAAGAAGGCUCUUUGGCCCUGGUAGCCAGACAGUGUUGGAAGGCUGUGAGAGCUGUGCUAGGCCCUCUGAGUCAUCUGUUGUAAGCACCUGGCCACGCAGUGAGUCCCGCAGUAAAUUCCUCAUCUAUGCCUGUCUCCUGCUGUUCUCUGUGCUGCUGGCCCUUCGUCUGGAUGGCAUCAUUCAGUGGAGUUACUGGGCUGUUUUUGCUCCAAUAUGGCUGUGGAAGUUGAUGGUCAUUGUUGGAGCCUCAGUUGGAACUGGAGUCUGGGCACGAAAUCCCCAAUAUCGGUAUAUUUUCACCAAGAAGAUACAUCAUAAAUGUUUACCUGUAUUUUGAAUGAAAUGUUCUCGGCUUUGCAGAUGCUUUUAGCAGAAGGAGAAACAUGUGUGGAGUUUAAAGCCAUGCUAAUUGCAGUGGGCAUCCACUUGCUCCUGUUGAUGUUCGAAGUUCUGGUCUGUGACAGGAUUGAAAGAGGAAGCCAUUUUUGGCUUCUGGUCUUCAUGCCUCUGUUCUUUGUUUCCCCGGUGUCUGUGGCAGCUUGUGUUUGGGGCUUUCGACACGACCGGUCCCUGGAGCUAGAAAUACUGUGUUCUGUCAACAUCCUGCAGUUUAUAUUCAUUGCCUUAAGACUGGACAAGAUCAUCCACUGGCCCUGGCUUGUCGUGUGUGUUCCCCUGUGGAUUCUUAUGUCCUUUCUGUGCCUGGUGGUCCUCUAUUACAUCGUGUGGUCUGUUUUGUUCCUGCGUUCCAUGGAUGUGAUUGCAGAACAGCGAAGGACACACAUAACAAUGGCACUGAGCUGGAUGACCAUUGUCGUGCCUCUCCUUACUUUUGAGAUCCUGUUGGUUCACAAACUGGAUGGCCACAACGCAUUCUCUUGUAUCCCAAUAUUUGUCCCCCUUUGGCUCUCCUUGAUCACUCUGAUGGCAACCACAUUUGGACAGAAGGGAGGAAACCACUGGUGGUUUGGUAUUCGCAAGGAUUUCUGUCAGUUUCUGCUUGAAAUCUUCCCAUUUUUGAGAGAAUAUGGAAACAUUUCCUACGACCUCCAUCAUGAAGACACUGAGGAAACCGAAGAAACCCCAGUUCCAGAACCUCCUAAAAUUGCUCCAAUGUUUCGGAAGAAGACCAGGGUCGUUAUCACCCAGAGCCCUGGGAAGUAUGUCCUCCCACCUCCCAAACUGAAUAUUGAAAUGCCAGAUUAGACACCACUUCCUUGGACAGAAUGCAAGCGGACCACCGGGACGCACGCACGCUGUCUCCUACCCUCCUCUGCCUCUUUGUUGACCCCACCCAGAACUGGAGCCGAGGCCAGGGCUCCGGGAACUUCCAUCUCAUGCCUUGUUUGCACUCAAUGCCUACCAGUGACUCACCCUGACGGGAUGCACACAUGGCAGGUGACUGGCACCCGCGGUGCGGGCUGGGCUAGGGCGCGUGUCAGUGGACGUGGGCGUGAAGGAGGGAGCGUGUGUGAGAAGGGGAAAACCAUCACCUCUGGGCAGGCGCCUCAGGAGCUGACUUGGAUCUGUUAGGGAUGGCUGCUUAGGCCAGAAAAGGAGCUGGUUUUCAAAGUGCUAAAAUUCCUAUUGAAAGUGUUCUUUGAAAAUGGUUUUUUAGACCAGGCCGGCCACACCAUGUAGCUUAGAUUCUCCUGUCGCAGCAUAGUCAGUAGGAACUGUAAAUACGCCUCUGCGGCACCACGAGUGUACCUACACCGUCAUUACUGUUUGUAUCCCUGCUGUGGAAGUCGUUUCUCUUUGGGCAAUGCUGACAGCAGUUUUUAAUGGCCCCAUCAGUGAGCCCUUUCCAAUGGAGUGACUCCGUGCCUGUAUAGUAUUUAUACAAAUAUUUUAGCAUUGUAAUAUACCGUGUUAAAUCCUAGUUCUGUACAGUAUAUUCUGUUAAAGUAUUUUUUUACGAGCUUGUAUGGGAGACGUGUGUUCUGUUGCAGAAGCAGAAGCUGCUGGCGCACCUGUCCUGCCCAGGGGGUGUCACCCCUUAACGGGCCAUCGUCAUCACCCCCCUUGAAAUCCUCCACACACACAGUGGCUGCUACUGCCAGAACAGCCACAAUAAGCAAGAAAUGGUUUGUGCUUUUCCUACAUUCUGGGAAUAUGUGCGUGAGCUGAAACUAGAGAAACUGGAAGAAGUUGCUGCAACUGGAAACAGCCACUGGAAUCACGUGUUUGUUAGGGUCUGAGGCCCUUUGUCGGGCCCCCAACAAAAGUCCUUCCGGCCGGCCAGCCCCGUGCUUUCAACUAGGAGUACACUUGCUCCAAGAGCUGCUGGUAGAGCCCUGGGCGAAGCAGAAGAAAACAGAUCCUCCAGGAUAAGAGCCUUUGGCCUGAGAACAAGUAGCCGUUUGUGAAAGGAGGGAAAAGGCGCACUGGCAUUGUCACGCAGGAGAGGGAAGGGUUUAACGGGGGCAGCUGCUGACGUCUCUCCGUCAGGCUCGGCCGACGUCCAGCACACGAGACCGCCUGGAAGCGGCGCCCAGCAAGCCUGUUGUCUCUGGGGGGGAGGGGGAACGUUGGGAAUGGCAUAGCCUUUCUUGCUUGCUGUGUAACAAAUGUAGCUCAAUCCACUAUUUUUGUUCCCUGCAGUUGUUCAAUAAACUG